CGGUUCUACGCCACUGAUCGGAACCGUGUAUCCAUCCCUUUUUCUCCCUCCUUCCCUUCUCACGAUCCCUCGCGAGUUCCUCCUGCGCCCUCUCCCCCGGCAGCAGCAGCGGCAGCAGCUUAUUCACCCUGGUCGCCUCUCUGCCGGCCCGAAAACCGAAGCCUUCGAAGCUCGAGCGCGACCACCACCACUACCAUCACCACCACCACCACCACCAUCACCACCACCACCACUACCACCACCAACCGCGCUAGCAUCAGCCGUACCAGCAGCAUCACUGCUUCACCAGCAACCCCACCUCACUCACCUCACUAGCCCCUCGCCCGCUCCCGAUAUAACUCCGCUCACUCCAUCCGCCGCGACGACCGCAGACACAAAAACAAUAACAAAUCGAUUCGCGGCAGCGUUGGGGUCAGGGGGGUCGGGCAGGGAGAAGGGGUCAGCGCGAGGGGUAGGACGGCUGCCAGGGGCUUCUUUCCACUUCCCCCCGCUUGUAGCGCGAGUGAAAGGGUGCAUUUUGUGCAAACGAGAAAGAACGAGCCCGAUGAGGGUGAGGAGCAGACUAGUCCUCCCCUCGUCGCGCGUCACCUCCUAUCCCCGUAUCUGCAAUGUCUCUUUCCCUCUUUCUGGAUAUUGUAUAGAGAACGUUAUGCUAAAGUAUGCAUGCACGAGGGUCGGUCCAAUGGUCAGGAAUCUCGCGAGUUCGUUCGUUCUACGGCGGCACGUAUCCGGCGGAUCCGAUAUUCGUUUCUCUUUGACUUCGAUACUCGCGAAACACGACAUCACGUUCUUUUCUACAUUAUCGUCGCCGCUGCCGCCACCGCCGUCGUUCUUGUUGUCUUUGUCGUCUUCGUUGUCGGUAUCAUCAUCUUCGUUGCGUCGUUGUCAUGAGUGUAGCGGGGGUAGCGGCGCUAAACCGCGACGCGCGUGAAUUUCCGGUCGAUCGGUAAGGUGGAGAUCGGCCCGGUCUUACGGCAAAGGAGAGGGGGCAACUGACGGGGGAUGAUUCCCGCGUAAUGACGAUCGGCACGAAUUGUUGCGAUGGAAUAUGGCAUCUGGAGUCUUCAAGUCGCGGGUGAACUUUGGGGUGACCCGCGUCUCGCCCGAAGGCAACCAAUUCUGCCUUUAGGCGCGACGCAGGUCCUGCCGAGAGCUGCCUUCGCUCUGAGUGCUCUUCAUCGGCCGGAUAUUUUACCGCUACCAUUGAUGGCAGCGGGACCGCCAUACAUUCCCAUCGAACUGAUUACCAAGCCAACUUCAAUUGCGUCCACGAAUGCCGAAGAGACUAGAAACACUGAGGAUGAAGAUGCUCAACAACGCGACAACGAAGGCAACAUCGAAAAAGCUGAUCAAAGUGAAAAUGAAAAUCAGACUUGUGUGUUAAGUGAGACCAAUGACAACGAAGAUGCUGGUGACGAGAGCGACACCGGCAGCACCAACAGUUCACAUCGAUCGGCUAACAAUAAUCUAUCAAUCGCGAAACUUCCCGAUCCGAUGUCAUGCUUGGCGCUCGACAAGAUACCACUGUUUAAUAUUCAGCAAGGAACAGUGACGCCGAUCCUAAAUGGCUGGGUGUUAGGUGCUUACACGGCAAUGCUGGGCAGGCUCUCUGCCGCUAAUGCGGCGCUCAAAACAACGGAAGUCCGCAAUAUUCCCUCCGACAGUGAUUCAGAGAGCGAACACUCGUCUUAUACUGAGCAAUCAAGAGGCAGUAGUCCGAACGUGAGCAGCGUUCAUCACGGCUAUUCAUGCGGUUCUUGCGACGUAGUAGCACCGACGAGACCGGCUCUGAGGAAGCACAUAGCAGAUUGCCAUCCAACAUUGUCCGCCGCGGAGACCGGCGAGACCAAGAAGUGUCCGUCCACGGGUUGUGAUUUCACGACGAGCAGUAGGUGCGAGAUGGAGACUCACGUGGCGGCGCACGUGGCUCAGGGAAUGACGCCCACGGGGAAGAAACGCUCGCUGGCCUUGCAACGCGUCAGGUAUAGAUACGAGAGAGAAGAAUAUCGAUGCUCGUUAUGCUCGUAUGCGUGCACGAUCGAGAAGGCGUUCCAGAGACAUCUGCGGGCGCACGCGAGGGGCACCGCGCCGGAGACGAGAGUGAGCUGUGCCGUUUGCGGCGCCGACCGAUCUUCAGAAGUCGACCUCAGCAGACAUAUGCGCAGGCAUCGAGACGACCGAUACUUCUGCUGCGAUAUUUGCAUCUUUCGCACGGUUCAACUAAAAAAGCUGAUACAGCAUCGGCGCAUGCACACGGGUGAGAAACCACAUUUGUGUCCGCACUGUGCUUACCGUAGCGCGCGGCGCGACAAUUUACGCAGUCACGUACGACGAGUGCAUAAAAAGGAGAAUCUUUACUGCGACACCUUCAGUCCGCGUGGCAUGCUGAUAAACCCUUCGCUGCUGACUUCCUCGAGAGACGAUGACAACGACCUGGUGCAAAGUCCGUCGUCCUCCCCGUCCUCAAAUCCGGACACGACCAACUAACGAAGAUAGUCUCAGACGACGAGAGCAAAAAAAUAGUGGUUCCGGGAGGUUCCUUCAUACGUCCUCAUUUUGUCAAUACUGCGAUCUAGAUACUAGGAUUCACGGGGAAAACUACAAGCGUUGAACUUGGUGGACAGUCAAAAGAAAAUAAUGAGAGAAGUCGAGCUUUGAGGAUUCACGAUGUCGCAAAACAUAAAAAAAAAAAAAAA